AUGACUACAGACGUUGCAUCAUUAGCUCAAUUCAACAAUAUUCAAGCAAAUGUAAGUCCUAAGACCGAAUUAAUUGUGCUUUUCUUUUUUGAUCGACGUCAUGAAGACUGUGAACGAAUAGAACGCUAUGUUAAUUUAUGGAGUGAAGAUGAUGAUUAUAUAAAUCGGGUUCUUUUCAUCAAAUGCAAUAAGCAAAGUUGCAAUCCUGAUAUCUUUGAAAAAUACAACGUCAAAGCAAUACCAAUAUUUUUAUUUAUUAAAAAUAAUGAACAAGUUGCACCACCCUCUACUGAAUCAGUUGAACAAAUAGAGGCCAUUAUUAAUGGUCUUCUUGGCAUCAAAAAUUAA